ACCUUUGCGUUAGAUUAGACGUUACAAAAGUCCUUCACCAUCUGGCAGCGCCGCGAACAGAUGUCAACAGUGUCCGACGGGGCAAAGGGAGAAGCAGGGAUAAUGUCGAGCGAUGAACUGUAUCGCAUCAAAUACUCUAGCUCGCGCUAUCAGCGCCACCAGAGCGACGAGAAGGUGCCUUUGAAUGCCAGUUCCUUGCAGUGGCAGCGCCAACAAUACGGGUACGAUUCGUCCUUGGAUGAGGUGGUGCGUCGGCGGCUCCAGGCCUCCCCAGCCUACAUAGAUCGUCUGGAACAGGAGGCGGUUCUGGCUGGUCAUGAUGGCUGCGUCAAUUGCUUGGAGUGGAGCAGUGACGGUCUGUUGCUGGCCUCGGGCUCAGAUGAUUUCAGAGUUAUGAUCUGGAACCCUUUCCGCAAGCAGCGCGUUCAUGUGAUAAAUACUAAGCAUCUGGGGAACAUGUUUUCGGUGAAGUUUCUACCCAGGCACAACAACAGCAUUUUGGCUACGUGUGCGGCAGAUAAAUUCAUUUACGUCUAUGACAUCAAUCACGCCAAUGAGACGCUGUUCUCCUGUAACUGUCAUACGAUGAGAGCGAAGCGACUGGCUACAGCACAGGACUCACCGCACAUCUUUUGGUCUGCGGGCGAGGAUGGUUGCAUCCUACAACUGGACAUGCGGGAGCCACAUCGCUGCCGUCCCGAAGAAGGCACUGGCGUGCGGCUGCUUAGCUUGAGCAAUCAGGUUGAGGCGACCACAGAGGCAAAAUGCUUGGCCAUAAAUCCUAGACGAACGGAGUAUUUGGCUGUGGGAACCAACGAUCCCUUUGCCCGCAUCUAUGAUCGUCGCAAGUUGCCCACUAGUGGUGCUAAUGAAUCCGUUGGGUGCGUUUCGUACUAUGCGCCUGGACAGAUUGUAAAGGACACCACCAGGAACAUUGUCCACGAGUCGAGGGCCAUAACAUAUCUCACUUUCAAUGCAAAUGGCACGGAAUUGCUCGUCAACAUGGGCUGUGAACACAUCUAUCGCUAUGAUCUAAACAACGCCGAGCCUCCUGUUUUCUACGAACUGCCUGCCUACUCUGCCCACGCCACACACGAAGAGGAAGAGUUCAAGACACCUCACAAAAGCCGCUCCUUACCUUCCAGCAUUGAAUUGCAUAAGAAACAGGGCAAUGAACAUCUGGAAAAUGGAAAACUAGUGGCUGCUAUUGAGGCCUAUUCAACAGCAUUGUCCAAGUAUCCACGGGGAGAAGUUCUGUAUCUGAACAGGGCUACGGCUCUGAUGCGGCGUGGAUGGUUUGGUGACAUUUAUGCAGCUCUACGGGAUUGUCAUGAGGCUCUUCGCCUAGAUCCCACCUAUGUCAAGGCUCAUUUUCGGCUGGCGCGGGCCCUGCUGGAGCUUCGUCGUCCCCAUGAUGCGGAUAAAUGCCUUCAAGCGCUCAUUCAGCGAUUCCCCAGUUUCGCCAACAACCAUGGUGUCCUCAUGCUGCACAAGGACAUCAAGGAAAAUCGACGACAAUCCGAGAACACUGAUGCCCCAAGUCCAGAACCAGUACUAGUGAACGAUGGCUCGCGGUAUCUACGCCUGACCGACGAGGAAUACAAUCUACGAUGCGCUGCCAAGGAUUACAAACAUCGCUAUGUGGGUCAUUGCAAUAUCACUACGGACAUUAAGGAGGCCACUUAUCUGGGCAUCCAUGGCGAAUUCAUUGCCGCCGGCUCUGAUGAUGGAAAUUUCUAUAUUUGGGAGGGGGAAACGGGAAAAAUUCGAGCCGCCUAUCGUGCCGACAGUGCCAUUGUGAACUGCGUGCAGCCGCAUCCCACUAUCUGCAUGUUGGCCACCAGCGGCAUUGAUCACGACGUCAAGAUCUGGUCACCGUGUGCACCUAGCUCCGCUGAGCGGCCUAAUCUCAUUCGGGAUGUUACGCGCACGGUUGAAGAUAAUCAGCAAAAGAUGCGAACCGAUCCAUUUGAACUGAAUACACGUAAUGCGUAUUGUUUCAAUAACUGAGAAGAACUGUAGCGUAAUGUGAAACUAGAUCAAAUCCCGCAAUCAAUGCAUUGUAAUUCUAAUGCAUUGGCCUGCGAAUAUGAUCCAGCAAUAUAUCAAAUAAUAGUGUAAUUUAUUAUAAGGGAACAUAUUUUUGUUAAUGUGUAAACGAAAUAUGAUAUAUAUGAUAUACAGAGUAGAGUACACGACGGCCCUAAUGAAA